AUGGCCGAUGCCUAUCGCAAAGUAGGCCGUGGCGGCGCCGGCAACUUUUACUCCAAGCAGGAUAUCGAACAGGCCGCCAAGUCGACGUCCCCAUCGGACCUCGAGGCCCAGAAGCCCGCUCCCCCGGCCGACGAGCCGCCCUCCGACCCGGCGCAACCCCCGGCCCCGGGACCCCCGUCCUCCAGCACCCCGGCCUACGCGCGCACCGGCCGCGGCGGCGCCGGGAACUACGUCGACUCCUCGACCGCCGCGGCGGCCUCGGCCGGCAUCUCGUCGCAGGCGCAGGCGCGGCCCGCCACCGUCCACACGACGGGCAACCAGUCGUUCGCCCAGCCGACCACCGGCAGCGGCAACACCACCGGCGGCGGUCCCGUCUUCUCCACCAGCACGGAGCGGCCCCCCAGGACAGGUGGCGGCCUGACGGGCCGCGGGGGCGCGGGCAACUGGACCGCGGACGAGAGCCAGCGGGUCUUCGACGAGGAGCAGGACCGCAAGCGCCGCGAGGCCCUCGACGCCAAGGUCUUCGACGACGUGCGCGCCGGCCUGCAGGAGCCUGGGCGCGCGCACACGAGGGUGCACCCCCACCGAGGGGUGCCCGGGAAGGGGGCGGGACAGGGAGGAUUCGAAGAUAUCUGA